UUGCAUUAGAACUCUAACUGUACAGUCGAUACUGAACGGUUUCUGUUAGACAGACCCUUUGUGACCUUUCAAGAGCGAAAUGUCUAAUAACCUUCUCCAGCAGUAUGGGCAUUUUAACACGCCAGUAUGGUAUCAGGCACUACUGUACUGCAUAGGCCUGCCGUUUUUGCUUCCCAGCGCUCCAGCACAAAAGCUAGCUUAUGUUUGGUCAUUUUUUCUUAUUUUGGGCCAACUUUUUUUUACGUACGCCAACAGAUUAAUGAUUGACCUUAAGAACGAUUCUGCCGCCUUUUCAGGGCGUAACUUAUUUAGUGUCGUUCAAAUAACCGCUCGAUAUUUUGGUGCAAUCUCCUCGUGUUUUAUUGUAAUUGCUACUUUUCAUCAGCGGUGUCAGUACCGUGAUUGCCUGCAGUAUUUAGAGCAAGUAAUAUACCCGCUACUUGCAGACCGAGCGAGAGCUAAACGUUGUUGGUAUAUAUCGCGAGCACUGGGAGCUCUAAUUAUCGGCUGUGCGUGGGUUGGAGAGUGGUUCGCAAGUUACGGCUUUCAGCAAGGAUUCGCGGUCGGCAAUCAGGAAGGGAAUAAAACAUUUAUUUUUCUGAUUAUUUGGCAUGAAAUCCAAGUGCUGUCCACAUACGCUGUUUUUAAUCCAAUAUCAGUCGUGCAGACUAUACUACAGUAUUGUAUCGUCGUGCUGCCCUAUAUUGAAUUUAUUACUUAUGUGCAGCUAAUCAAGUUCGUGUUAUCUCGCUCUUUGAAAAUUCUGGUGACCACGGAAAGGCAUUUAACGAAUACGCAGCUCAAACACGAAUUAGAUUUCUGUCGCCUUGCGUUCCAGUCCGUCCAGGACAUCAGCCGUGGAUUCCGCCAUACAACAUUACUAAGUACAUGUCAUCUGUAUGUCUUUACCAUUGCCAUUUUGGGAAUUUGGUUUUCGCACGAUUUGGAGAACUUCAAGCUGGCCGAUUUCGUUUUCGCCUAUGUAUUUCUUAUUUGGUCUGUAAUUAUGUCCGUCUUCAUGAUAAAUCUGAACAGUAAGACUACUGACAUCCUAAGCAUGAUUAAAAGGAUUGGAAACAAAGAGUCGAACGAUUCAGCGAGGAGAGAGCUUUGCCUGAAGCUCGUCCAAGAUUAUCCAAAAGUAAUGAUUUGUGCGGGUGAAGCUUUGCCCAUGGACAACAGUUUCUUUGUCAGUGUUUUCGGAGUAGUGGCGGGUUAUGGAAUUAUCUUGCUGACGUUCGAUCCAACAACGAAACACGAAGAUUCCGCCAUCACUGCCAACGGGAGCUUUGUUUAAGCUGCAUAUUGCGGUUAUUCUUGUUUGUGUUACACUAUCAGCAGCUGAACAUUUGAUCGUUAUUUACUGGUGUUCGUCUGCUUUGUCUAAGUGAAGUAACGCUUCUUCCUGUUAGCUUUAACCAAAACCAAACCUUUCUAAACUCACUUUUUAUUAUCUGUCACUAUCAAAAAAAAUUCAUUUAUCUGUUUUCUGCUGUAUCGUUUAUCAUGAGUAUACUGUAUACCAUUUCAAUUUCACUUGUUCAUCAUUUUAGUGUUUAAUUGUAUUUGAGUGCGUGGCUAAAGCGC